CGAAGUCGACGCAGACGAAGCAGCGGGGCCGUCCACGAUCAUGGCCGCUCGCCGGGCAACGGGGCCGGUGCGAGCGAUCCAGCGCGGCGUCGUCGACCGUCGCGGGGCGGCCGCGCUUCUGCGGGCACCGGUGGUGCUGGGGGACGGCGAAGGGCCGCCCACGAUCGGCCGCUGGGCCAUGGCGCUCUGCGAGGAGUUCGUGCAGCAGCUGUACCAAGCCGUGCGGGCCGCCAUGGCCCUGCUGCACGCGCUGUGGAUCGUCGGCGGCGACAAGCCGCUCGCCACCACGCCGUCCGCAACGGCGCUGCACCAACGGGAGACCACGGACGCGCCGGCCUCCGAAGCCCGUCGCAAGUCAAAUUCUCAACCACCGAUGGCGUCCGGCGCAGCCAAGCAGCCUUCCCGCCUCAAGCUCGGUCCGGAAGCAACCACUGCGCGCAAGCGCAACCUCGAGCUUCCUUCGUCCGCGAUUCCCCCGCGGACGGCACCGGCAACGACCAGGCGCUGCAGUCCGGUCAGACGCAUCCCGAUGCCAUGCUCCGCGCUGGGACAGACGCGCUCCGGGGACAGGACGGUGUGGCCUUCGCGAUGCAAGCUCACCUCUUCCAGGCUGUCCUCACCCAAGGCCAGUGCAUCGGCACCCACGCCAACGUCUCCGAAAAAUCCGUGCGCAGCGCCGCUGUCGUCUUCCAGCGCCGCCCUGGCCACGGCUCCCGACUGCAAGAAGGACCUCCUGGAAUCCGCGACUCCCGAAGUGCGAAAGCUGCGCCAACAGGCGUUGGAGUUGUUCAACGCUGUGGGCACUGUGUUUGUGCUUCUCGCCAACCUGACUGUGACGCUGGUGUAUUGCCUCGUGAGGCUGUCUUGUGCACGCUUCCUCGCCCUGGUGUCGAGGCGAGAGGUAGUGGCCGCCGCCGCGUAGGCCUUGUGUACGUUUUUGUAUGUGUGUGUGCGCGCGCCAAGUCCUAUUUUGUGGUUUAAUCUUGUAAAUUGCCUCCGCUGCUUCCGAUUGAGCUUACUAUGUUCAUAAAUCA